CAGCAGAUUGGUUGUUGUUCGAUGCUGCCUGCCUGCCAAUCUGCAGGUCUAUCCGCUGAAGGGAUCGAGGCUCGGAAGGGAUUAAUCACUGCAACCUUCCCAUCAAGCUUUUUUCCGCCUGUAGACCAAUUACAUAACCGUGUUAUACAAUAAAUACAUCUGCAGUAAACCGUAAACAGUCACAUAGGCAAGGAAGUUUGUCAACACGCCGGAGAAAGAAGCUCUUUUUGCUCGGAGUGCGUCGUCAGAGGAGUGCAUCCCAGUCUACCCCCUCUGGCAUUGUACUGGUCGUCGUUUUCAUCUUCUUCCUCCUCCCCCUCCUUCUCCUCCUCUUCCUUCUGUUUCUGCAGCGCUGAGGGAAAUAAAAGUCAAGGUCCAGUGAGAUUCGAGACUGGCUGCAGAAGACGUGUCCACUUUUGGCGACGUUGCGCACUCUUUGGGGAAAGAAAGUAGAGCCUACCUGCUCCGAACCAGUCUUGGCUGCGCAUCCACAGAGGGGUUUCAUGGGAAAGACACGGCUAUUCGAUUCCUAAAAACUCAGGUUUAACAAAUAAUCGUCCAGAGAUGGUUCUUCAAAAGAUUUUUCGUGCUGUCAUUAUGGGACCUCCGGGGUCGGGGAAAGGAACAGUGUCUGCGCGCAUAACCAAAAGUUUUGGACUGAAACACAUUUCUAGUGGGGACAUUUUGAGAGGCAACAUCAACGCCAAAACCGAGCUCGGCCUGUUGAUGAAGUCCUGUAUUGAUCAGGGUCAGCUGGUACCCGAUGAUGUCAUGUCACGUCUCAUCCUGAGUGACCUGAGAGCACUGGAGCAGAGCAGCUGGCUGCUCGACGGUUUCCCUCGUACAGUACCCCAGGCAGAGGCUCUGGAUGAAUCCUACAGUGUGGACACAGUCAUCAACCUCAAUGUACCUUUCCAGACCAUCAAACAGAGGCUCACCUCACGCUGGACUCACUCUCCCAGCGGCAGAGUCUACAACAUAGAUUUCAACCCACCAAAAGUCCCUGGUUUUGAUGACGUGACUGGGGAGCCUCUGGUCCAGAGGGAGGAUGACACACCAGCGACGGUCACGCGGAGACUGAAGGCCUAUGAAACCCAGACAGAGCCCGUCUUAGAGUACUACAGGAGUAAAGGUGUGCUACAGACCUUCUCUGGGACAGAAACCAACAAGAUCUGGCCGCACGUAGAGGCUUUCCUCCACAGAAAGCUCUUCUCUGCCAACCAGAAGGUUGCAUAGAAAGCCUGAACAGAGAGGCACAAGAAGGGUUAAAGUUUACCAGCAGAAACCACUCUGUAUGCAUCGAUGUAUUAGGUGCCACUUUCUGUGAAACAAGGGGAGCGCCAUCUGUGUAAUAAUAUAUUCUUUAUGUUCAAAAUGAAGAGCAAGGUCAUACAGUUUAUGUCAGGAAGCAAUAGUAACACUACAGUUGUUGUUGGGUAAAACCCAACUUUUAAUGUGCUUAUUACACCACUGUUGCACUGCUUCCAGUGUUGCGAUUUGGGAAACCCUCAGGAUGUGUGCAUAAAAUCCUUCAAACGUUAGUUGAUAGAAUUUAAAAAGAAUGUCUCUUCAUUCCAUAAUGUGCCUUCAGAAAGCCAGGAGACGUCACUGAUUCAGAUAUCAAGAACAGCAGAAUAUAAAGGUUAAGUACACAAGAAAUGUGAAGUUGUAUAUGAAGAUAGGAAUAGUUAUUAUGGCAUGUCCUCUCUGGUGAAUGCAACCAACUUUAAGUAGUGGCGUUAUGUAUAAAUGUUUAACUUUUAGGUUUUCUAAAUUGCAAUCAUGAGUUCUUUUCUUAGCACUGAAAAGAAUGGGCACACACAACAGGGUAUCUUGAGCUAAAUAAGAGACUUUCCAGCCUUUUUGGUAAGAAAUCUUUUGAAAGCAAUAUUGCAAGGGCUUUUUCAACUGUUUCUUAUGCAGUGGGUUAUUGCCCUAAAGGGAAUUGUGCCAUGUUCUACAAAUUACUGCAAAUUCACUUUUGCACUCAAGUGCCUUUUGCUGCUUUUGAAAAUGUAACAGGUAGCUCAGUGGAUUUAGUCUGUAAAUACUUUUUAUGAAUAUGGACCACAGGAUUGAAUAAUGUAAAAACUGACCACACUUCUUAUAUUGAAUAUUUUUUAAUUAAACCCACCAAUGUCUAACAGCUUCUUUCAACCACCUCAAGUCUUAAUAGUGUUGCCUCAUGAAUUACACCAAUUGUUUCCAUUUUAACCAGGUGUUCCUUUAUUUUAACCAAUUGUCUAUAAAUGUAUACUGGUAUUUGCCAUUUAAUGUGACUUGACAACUGAAAACGUUAUUGCAAAAAAGGGAUAAACUUAAAACAUUUAAAGCACAGUUUAUCAUCUUGUUAGAAGAUAUCACAACAUUCAAGGUUGAUCUGCAGUUCUGUUUUAGCACAGAAGUCUUAUUGUUUCACCAUGUUAAGCGCCACAGAGAAGCUAACUUGCCUUGCAGUGUACUGUAGAUUUAUGAAGUGAAUGUUUCCUGAAUUGUAGUACUGUGUGCAUUUCUAAACACUUGGAUACAAUGUUUAAAAGCACAUCACCUCUUCAUAGACAACUUACAACUGUCAUGAGUAUUUAUUAUGAAUCACAAUAAACAUCUAAUACUAA